UGCUGACCGUUCCAGCCGAGCGGCGGCUCGGUCACGUGACACCAGCGUCGCCUCUGACCCAGCUUCCAUCUGGGCUUCAUACGUCGUCGGUCCAGCCAUGUCCGCGGGACACGGACCCGCGUGGCUCGCGCGUCUCUUGGUGCCGCUGCUCGCGCUGCUCGGACGGUACCAGCAGGUUACGGCGGUCCGGCCGCUGCUCGUCUUCCUCAUCGAUGGCUUCCGCUACGACUACAUGGACGAGCUGCAGCGGCUGCCGGGAUUCCGCCAACUGGUGGAGAGAGGAGCCAAGGUGGACUACAUGACGCCCGACUUCCCCAGUCUGUCCUACCCGAACUACUACUCGUUGAUGACGGGACGUCACUGUGAUGCUCAUCAGAUGACGGGAAACUACAUGUGGGACGAAGCCUCGCAGAAGGAGUUUCUGAUCGGGACCAAUCCUGACAGCCGUCUGCCCCUUUGGUGGGAUGGAUCGGAGCCGCUUUGGGUCACGCUGCAGAAACUGGGAAAGAAGGUCUUCAUGUACUUCUGGCCUGGUUGUGAGGUGACCAUUCUCGGUGUCUGUCCAUCAUUCUGUGAAGAAUAUGUGUACAACCCUUCAGAGAAAAACCUCACAGAUUCUAUAGAGAACGCUCUCAAUGCUCUAAGGUCAGGUACAGCAGACAUGGCAGCUGUAUACUAUGAGCGAAUAGACGUGGAGGGCCAUCACUUUGGUCCAGACUCUGACCAGGUCAGAGCAGCUGUGCAGCAUCUGGACCUCGCCAUGCAAGCACUCAACAACAAAAUCAAAGAGAAGAACAUGAUGAACCAGCUGAACAUUAUGCUGUUUUCAGACCAUGGGAUGACUCAGAUAAAGUGGAUGGACAAGGUCAUAGAGCUGGAGAGGUACAUCAACAUGACAGACAUCAUUAAGAUGAUGGACAGAGGCUCUGUGGUCAGUCUGUGGCCCAGAGAAAACAAGUACCAAGAGGUGUACGCCGCCUUGUCCCAGGUCCCUAACAUGCAGACUUACACCAGGCACGACGUCCCUGAGCGCUUCCAUUACAGAGGAGGGAGGUUCGUUUCCCCCUUAACUCUGGUGGCUGAGCCAGGCUGGUUCAUCAUUCAGAAUAAAGCGAGCCUCCCAUUCUGGACCAACGCGUCUGGAGCGGCCUCGCUUCAGAACGGCUGGCACGGUUAUGACAACGAGUUCCUGGACAUGAGAGGCUUCUUUUUGGCCACUGGACCAGACUUCAAGCAGAACCUUCGGGCGGCUCCCAUCCGCUCUGUGGACAUCUAUAACCUGAUGUGCUGGAGUCUGGGGGUGGACCCGCUGCCCAACAACGGGUCCUGGUCUCGGGUGGAGUACCUUCUGAACAGCUCUGGGGCUGCGUCCCGGCCCACACCCCUCUGGACCCUGUCUGUGCUUGGCUGGAGCUCUGCUGUCAUGCUGUGUGGAACCUAUUCCUAAAAGACCGGACUCUAUGAGCUGUCAAUACGUUUGGUUGACUUCGGUCUUUUAGCUGUGAUUCAGCUGUGAUUUAGCUGUGAUUCUGUUUAUGAAGCAUUGCUGUUUUAGUUUUAAUCAAAUCUAACAUAUGCCAUGAAUAAGAAGAAAAGGAAGAAAUUAAACUGUCUUAAUUAUCACCAUCUCAAAUGUAACGGCUCAUAUUAAUUUUGACAUUUCCCCUGUUUCAUGACUUUGGUUUGUUUUAAUUUUUAUUCAGUGAUCUUCAAUGAUUUAAGCUUUUGUGACACAUCAGUUGAGUCAUGGACUGGACUUCUUUCGUUUCACCACCUACUGCGUCCUGGCAGCUUCAUCAUGUGCCUUAGUAAAAUUAUGAGAAGUGAUCCUAUAUAGACAUAUAUAUAUAGCUUGUUUGUAUCUAUGAUCAGAGUUUAGAUUAAACUGUUUACAUUACUAAACAUUUGAAACCAUGCUCUCUACAGAGAAUGAUGAUGGAGCUUCCAUCUUUUAACAAUUCUUUUCUUCUAGUAUUCUUCUAGUAUUUUUUGUAGCAUUUGCAGUAAUUGGAGGAUAUAAUGUGCAGUAUAGCUUAUGGUUAUAGCUAAUUUUUCUUCAUGGCGUGUGUAUGAGGUCAGUGUUUUGAUCUGGGUUUAACUUUAGUGUAGUCUUUGUGUUGAAUUGUGUAUUGGACAGAAAAUUAAGCUAUGAAUAAAUGUUAUUUGAUUGAAAACACA